AAUGUUGGCUCAAUUAAGAAACAUCAGAGAGACAAAUUCAACCUAGUGCUUCUGAAGAUGACUACAAAACGAAGUCUGUUUGUGCGGUUGGUGCCAUGUCGCUGUCUACGAGGCGAAGAGGAGACUGUCACUACUCUUGAUUAUUCUCACUGCAGUUUGGAGCAGGUUCCCAAAGAGAUUUUUACUUUUGAAAAAACAUUGGAGGAGCUCUAUUUAGACGCUAAUCAGAUUGAAGAACUUCCAAAGCAACUUUUUAACUGUCAGUCUCUACACAAACUGAGUUUGGCAGAUAAUGAUUUAACGACAUUACCAGCAUCUAUUGCAAAUCUCAUUAAUCUCAGGGAACUGGAUGUCAGCAAGAAUGGAAUACAGGAGUUCCCGGAAAAUAUAAAAAAUUGUAAAGUUUUGACAGUUGUGGAGGCCAGUGUAAACCCUAUUGCUAAGCUUCCUGAUGGAUUUUCUCAGCUUUUAAAUCUAACCCAGUUGUAUCUGAAUGAUGCUUUCCUUGAGUUCUUGCCAGCUAAUUUUGGCAGGUUAACUAAACUCCAGAUAUUAGAACUUAGAGAAAACCAGUUAAAAAUGUUGCCAAAAACCAUGAAUAGACUGACCCAGCUGGAAAGACUGGAUCUGGGAAGUAAUGAAUUCACAGAAGUGCCUGAAGUACUUGAACAGCUAAGUGGAUUGAAAGAAUUUUGGAUGGAUGGUAAUAGACUGACUUUUAUUCCAGGGUUUAUUGGUAGUUUGAAACAGCUCACAUAUCUGGAUGUUUCUAAAAAUAAUAUUGAAAUGAUUGAAGAAGGUAUUUCAGCAUGUGAAAAUCUUCAAGAUUUCCUCUUGUCAAGCAAUUCUCUUCAACAGCUGCCCGAAACAAUUGGUUCAUUGAAAAAUAUAACAACUCUUAAAAUAGAUGAAAAUCAACUAAUGUAUCUGCCCGAUUCUAUAGGAGGGUUAGUAUCAAUAGAAGAACUGGAUUGUAGCUUUAAUGAAAUUGAAGCUUUGCCUUCAUCUAUUGGACAGCUUACUAAUAUAAGAACUUUUGCUGCAGAUCAUAAUUACCUGCAACAAUUGCCCCCAGAGAUUGGGAAUUGGAAAAACAUAACUGUGUUAUUUCUUCAUUCUAAUAAACUUGAGACACUUCCAGAGGAAAUGGGUGAUAUGCAAAAACUAAAAGUCAUUAACUUAAGUGACAAUAGGUUAAAGAAUUUGCCCUUUAGCUUUACAAAGCUACAACAAUUGACUGCUAUGUGGCUCUCAGACAAUCAGUCGAAAGCCCUGAUACCUCUGCAAAAUGAGACUGAUUCAGAGACCCAGAAAAUGGUGCUCACUAACUACAUGUUCCCGCAGCAGCCAAGAACUGAAGAUGGUAUGUUCAUGUCAGAUAAUGAAAGUUUUAAUCCUUCAUUGUGGGAGGAACAGAGAAAACAACGGGCUCAAGUAGCAUUUGAAUGUGAUGAAGACAAAGAUGAAAGGGAGGCACCUCCUAGGGAGGGAAAUUUAAAGAGAUAUCCAACACCAUACCCAGAUGAGCUUAAGAAUAUGGUCAAAACUGUUCAAACCAUUGUACAUCGAUUAAAAGAUGAAGAAACUAAUGAAGAAUCUGGCAAAGAUUUGAAACCACAUGAAGAUCAGCAAGUUGUAAAUAAUGAUGUGGGCAUAAAGACUUCAGAAAAUACUACUACAGUAAGAAACAAACCUGAUGAAAGAGAAAAAUAUCUGAUAGCAAACUCCAUACAGAAAACCAAUGAGCCUGAAGCUGAUAUCAGUCCUGGUAAACUACCAGUGACUGUAAAUAUGAAAGCAUCUGAGAACUCGAAGCAUACUGUUAAUCAUAAUGAUGUGUUUGAGGAAUCUGAAGACCUUUCAUCUGAUGAAGAAAUGAAAAUGGCAGAGAUGCGACCACCAUUAAUUGAGACUUCUAUUAACCAGCCAAAAGUGGUAGCACUUAGUAAUAACAAAAAAGAUGAUACAAAGGAUACAGAUUCAUUAUCAGAUGAAGUUACGCACAAUAGCAACCAAAAUAACAGCAACUGCUCUUCACCAUCUCGGAUGUCUGAUUCAGUUUCUCUUAAUACUGAUAGUAGUCAAGACACCUCACUCUGUUCUCCAGUGAAACAGACUCAUAUUGGUAUUAAUUCCAAAAUCAGGCAAGAAGAUGAAAAUUUCAACAGCCUUUUACAAAAUGGAGAUAUUUUAAAUCAUUCAGCAGAGGAAAAGUUUAAUGUUCAUGAUAAAAAGAAUUUUAAGUUAACUGAAUAUGAUUUGAAUAUAGAAGAACGAUUAGUUCUUAUUGAGAAGGGUGUUGACUCAACAGCCACAUCUAAUGAAUCUCACAAAUUGGAUCAUAUUAAUAUGAAUCUUAAUAAACUUGUAACUAAUGAAUCUUUUCAACCAGAGGUAGUGGAAAGAUCAAAGGCACAAGAUAUAAUGCUUGGAACAGGCUUUUUAAACAUUAAUACUAAAGGAGAACCUGAGCAUUUGGAAAAUGGAAAUGAGUAUCCUAAUCUGGAAUGUGUAAAUAAGGUUAAUGGACAUUCAGAAACUUCAGAGCCUUCUAGGAGAACUGACCCACAUAACAUUGAUUCUUCUGUUGAAGUGGGUAUUUCUAAAAGCACUGAAGAUCUUUCACCUCAGAGAAGUGGGCCAAUUAUAUCUGUUGUGAAAUCACAUAGCAUCACAAAUAUGGAGACUGGAGGGUUAAAAAUAUAUGACAUUCUAAGUGAUAAUGGACCUCAGCCACCAAGUGCCACAGUUAAAGUCACUUCUACUAUUGACGGAAAAAAUAUAGUCAGGAGCAAGUCCGCUACACUUUUAUAUGAUCAACCAUUGCAAGUGUUUACUGGUUCUUCUUCUUCUUCUGAUUUAAUAUCAGGUACAAAGGCAAUUUGUAAAUUUGAUUCAAAUCAUAAUCCUGAGGAACCAAAUAUACUAAGAGGCCCUACAUCAAGUGGCCCACAAUCUAUACCUCAAAUAUAUGGUCCUCCACAAUAUAAUAUCCAAUACAGUAGUAAUGCAGCAGUCAAGGACAAUUUGUGGCACUCUAAACAAAAUCCCCAAAUAGAUGUUGGUUUUUCUUCUCAGCAUCUUCCUAGACAGGAAAGCACAGAAAAUCACAGUUAUGCGAAGUUUUCUGCCAACAUGAAUUUCUCUAACCAUAACAACGUUCGAGCUAAUACUGGCUACCAUUUACAUCAGAGAAUUGGCCCUGGAAGACAUGGGGAAAUGUGGGCCAUUUCGCCAAAUGAUCGACUUGUUCCUGGAGCAACUCGAGCUACAAUUCAGCGACAAAGUAGUGUGUCCUCUACAGCCUCUGUAAAUCUUGGUGAGCCAGGCUCUGCAAGACGGGCUCAGAUUCCUGAAGGAGAGUAUUGUUCAUACAGAGAGCUGCAUUCAGUGGGAAAAACUACUCCAAUGAUGUCAGGAUCACAGAGACCUCUUUCUGCACGCACAUAUAGCAUUGAUGGCCCAAAUGCAUCAAGACCACAGAGUGCUCGACCCUCUAUUAAUGAAAUACCAGAGAGAACUAUGUCAGUUAGUGAUUUCAAUUAUUCACGGACUAGUCCUUCAAAAAGACCAAAUGCAAGGGUUGGUUCUGAGCAUUCUUUAUUAGAUCCUCCAGGAAAGAGUAAAGUUCCUCAUGAUUGGCGAGAACAAGUUCUACGACACAUUGAAGCAAAAAAAUUAGAAAAGAGCAUGCUGUCAAGGUCCUUUAAUUCCAAUUUUACUGCUGUAAGCAGCUUUCACUAUGGCAGCUCUAGGGAUCUGCAUAGCAGCCAAGGUAGUCUUGCCUUGAGUGUUGCAGACGGAAGAAUUUCUGGUGGGCACAUGUUCCGACAUCCCCAGAUACCCUGUCCAGGAGAUUCUUGUCAAGAUGAUGUAUUCAUUUCAGGACAGCAGAACUACUCAGCUACUACACUUAGUCACAAAGAUGUUCCAGACAGCAUGAUGAAAAUGCCUUUGAGUAAUGGACAGAUGGGCCAGUCUCUCAGGCCACAAGCAACAUAUAGUCAAAUACACCACCCCCUUCCUCAGGCAGCUGUGGCAAGGCAUCCCUCUAGGGAACAACUUAUUGACUACUUGAUGCUGAAAGUGGCCCACCAGCCUCCAUAUACACAGCCCCAUUGUUCUCCUAGACAAGGCCAUGAAUUGGCAAGGCAUGAGAUUCGUGUGAGAGUUGAAAAGGAUCCAGAACUUGGAUUUAGCAUAUCAGGAGGUGUUGGGGGGAGAGGAAACCCAUUUCGACCUGAUGAUGAUGGUAUAUUUGUAACAAGAGUACAGCCUGAAGGACCAGCAUCAAAAUUACUACAACCAGGUGAUAAAAUUAUUCAGGCAAAUGGUUACAGUUUUAUCAAUAUUGAACAUGGACAAGCAGUGUCCUUGCUAAAAACUUUCCAGAACACAGUUGAACUCAUCAUUUUACGAGAGGUUUCUUCAUAAGCACUAUUGAUUACAAUAGGGGAAGAUUCAUUGGAAGAUACUUGCAGGGAAAAUUAAUAUUUUGACUAUUUUUAUAUAUAAAGAAGAACUCAAUUAUGUUGAAAUUUGUACAUUAACGAAAUAAUGGAAUUUGUGGUUAGAGGGAAAGAACCACUGUAUAGUAUAUAGGGGAGACUGUUGAAUUCAUACCAUAUAAAAUUUGUUAGGUUUUUAAACAUAACAAUCAAGGAUACAAAAGCAAACAUGUGUUUUUGUAUAGAGUGUAGGUUUAUUUUUGGAUUUCAUACACAUGACUCUGCAAGGCCUAGUAGGUCUUCAUUGUAGUCCAGAGACAGAUGGCAGAGCUAUCUCUCUCGUAGCUUUUAUGCCCUUAUUUUUAUUCGACUGGUAUUAAUGUUUUUCUGCUGAAACUUUUUUUUAAUGUUGGCAAGAGAUUCGAAGUGUUGGCUUUUGCUAUGUGCAUAUUGAAUUGAAGCGUGAGUAGGUGAAGGUGACGCUGGUGGAUUCACUUUCCAAGGCCAGAUUAAAAGAG